AUGAUAACUAGGAUACAUACGGUAGCCGGGAUAAAAUCUAAACCAUUGAUUGUCCAGACAAAAGGCUCGGAUCAUACGUCACACCACUACAGAUCCCCCUAUCCGUCUUUAAGUAAUUUGAUUCCAAUUCAGACAGUAAAAACUUUCCAAGACAAACAUUUUUCUUCUUCAAACCUAAAAUAACUAGGACACAUACUGUCCCGGGAUGAAAUCCAAACCAUUGAUUGUCCGGACGAAAAGCUCAGAUCACGCAUCACACCACUACAGGAUCCCCAUAUCCGUCUAUAUAUAAUUAUAUAUACAGCCUAGAGAGGCACCCUUCACGUCCCCUGUUGCUUGACGAAUUGCUUACAGAAGACUCCUAGUCCUGUCCACCACCGGUUUUUCCAAACAAACAAAGAUCAACUUCCCUUCAAGAGAUAGUCAAUAGAACCGCCUCCGAAAGUUUUCCAACCAAAGAGAAAUCAAGUCCAUUCAGAAGAUCUUCCAAUUAUGACUGACAGCAGCAGCAACAAAGAACAAGACGAUCAAACUGAUUUGAAUUCCAAGCAUUCGACUGAAGAAAAAAGCACAUACGAGGAGGAGGAUGUUGGUUGUUCCAAACAAGAAGAAGAUGAUAAUGAUUAUGACACAAGUUGUUCUGAACCCAAAUCCGAGGAUGAUAGGGAUGACUUCAAACCAAACUACGAGAAUGAUGAUCCUUCCUUUUGGUUCAAGGAUGAAUACAAGGACAACAAUGUCAAUACUUUUGAACAACAAUACUGCUGCUUUCCACUCUCUCACAUUAACAAGUCUCAUCUCGAAGAUGGAAAUCGGAUCAUCAUGCCGCUUUCUGCUUUUGAUGAACUCAUGUCGCUGAAAAUCAAAUACCCUAUGGUUUUCGAGAUCAUAAACCCUGAGUGCGAGCGAGCUUCACAUUGUGGGGUAUUAGAAUUCAGCGCAGAUGAGGGUUUUGUUUUCCUGCCAGAAUGGAUGAUGAAAAACCUGCAACUGUACGAGGGACAACUAGUAACCCUAAAGAGCACAACCCUACGCAGAGGUACCUACUUGAAGAUACAACCCCAUAGCAUGAAGUUUUUUGGGCUCUCCGACCCAAAAGCUGUGCUUGAAAAAACCCUACGAGUCUUCUCUUGCUUGACUAUUGGAGACACCAUCAUGCUCAAUCAUGACAAUAAUAAGUAUUACAUCGACAUAUUGGAAGCCAAACCUUCCUCUGCAGUAUCUGUUGUUGAGACGGACUGUGAAGUAGACUUUGCUCUGGCUUUGGACUAUAAAGAACCUGAAAAGAAACCACAAGCCUUGACUAUUCCAAAGAGGGAAGCCACUAAAGCUGAAGAAGAGAAAAGCACAAUGCCUAAGCUCAUACCAUUCGCUGGUGUAGCCAGACGUUUGGAUGGGAAACCUUCGAUAGCACCAGCCGAACUAGGUUCUAUUUCCACUGCCACACCCAAACCAGAUAGACAUGUUGCCGCUGACUCAAAUUUCAAAUCAUGCAACUGUCUGGAAAAACUUGUCUCAGGUUCUAAAGAUUUCAAAGAAAAGGUUUUGAAGGACGAUGAGCAAAAGUUUCAACCAUUCACAGGGAAGAAGCAUACAACUAGGGAUAGCAGUGAAACUUCUUGUUGAACGCUGUAACUUUUGUGCAUCCAACUAGGGAUAGCUGUGAAUUGCAUAUGUGACAAAGACGAGUAUCAUGGAUGUUUUUUGCUCAAUCAUUCCGUUGCAAUAUUUUUGCUCAAUCACGCCAAAGUACGUGGAAUGGGAUUGUGGUAAGCCAUACCCUUCGGUAUGCAGUAGGUGGGGUAGGGUACUUCAGAUCUCUUUUUCGGAACCAAAUUAGUUGAUGCUGAACAGGAAACAUUUUUUCUGAUUGUUUUAGUACUAAUAGCAUCUAUAUAUGACACUGUAUUUCAUCAAAUCAUUAAUGGUAUUGAUAUAUGAGGUUUUAUUGCCAGAGAUAGUGUACUUCAUUUGUGUGCUGCAAUAACCCAUUCUGGUUCGCAAUCAGCCCCCGAUGGGGAUUGUUCUUUCUAGAUCACAAUUCUUCAACUAUAGUGAAUUGUGGUAAUCCAGCUCGUACCCCUUUUCUCUACCCCAUACAUGGUAUUGGAUCCACAAUGAAUGGAAUGGCACCCGUGGUGUGGCCAAUAUGUCCAACAUCACAGUUGAGCCUAUAUUGUGGAUCGACGAGAAGCCUUCUCCUAUAACAUUAAAGGGCUUAUCGUAUACGCCGAGAGAUGGAGGGCCAUGGACUAUAUAAAUAAACAUUGUACACAGAUCAUGCACACACUGUAGAACUUCAAUUCUCACGUUCAAUUUUUUCUGUAGUCAUUUUUUAUAAAAGAAAAAAUUCAAUUUUCUCUAUGGGUGAGAGAGUCAUUGACUCUUAGCCGGCAUAGAAAUUGCUUCAAGUAGAAGAGCAUUGAAGAAAGUACUCAUAAUUUUUUUUCACUGAAAAUUAUGCUUUCUUCGUAUUAAACUUUGGAUUUAAAGAAUGAAUAAAUGAAAUGAGAAGAUAACGACUUUGCAAUUGCUUUUUCUGAAUUGGUGAAUCCAAAGGGAAAAAAAGCACACUACUCCACUAAAUAGUGGGAAAAGAUAAGGGUUUCUGCAAGAUUAGCUAUGUGAUAUUUUAAAGUAUAUAGCCCUACGAAACUUUGGAUUUAAAGUAUGACUAAAUGAAAUAAGAAGAGAACGACUUUGCGAUAGCCUUUUCUGAAUUGGCGAAUUCAAAAAUAAAAUAAAAUAAAAUAAAGCACAACUACUCCCCCAAAAUAUCGAGGGAAAAGAUAAGGGUUUCUGCAUGAUUAGCUAGAUGAUAUUUUAAUUUGAAAAGUUUUCCUACAUGCUAAAUUCCUAAAACAAGUAGGUACCUGUUUAAUAAAAAAUGUUUAUAUAUGUAAAAUUCAAAUAAUCUUUAAUACGUCCUAACUUCUCAAUCCAACUCUAACUCUUUUAUUUUACUUAAUAUUAAUCCUAUCCAAAAAUAUAGGCAUACCGUGUAGCAGAAGCUUAAGUUAAUAGAUUCAAAAUCCUACUAUGACUCCAGUAUCCAAAUCCUACAAUAACUCUUAUACUCGUUCAAUACAAUCAGUAGUAUCUUAGGAAAACAAAUCCUACUAAAACUUGUAUAUGUAAAACGUGUAAGGAAAGUUUCAUA